AAAUCUCGCAAAAUAACAUCUGACGGGAUUUCGGUGCGAGAGCAUUUCUUUUCUAUUUUUGGAUCAUUCUUUUUCUGAGGCAAACGGGCAAAAAGGAAGCUCUAAGAUUUUUUAUGAGUCAGAAGGUAGAAAAACCCUCUCUAUCAGGCCACCGUCUGAAAACUCGAAAAAGGGAUGAAAAGGAGAAAUACGAUCCUUCGUCUUUCCGUGAUGCAAUUAUUCAAGGACUGACUGAUACAGGGAAUGAUUUAGAUCAGGUUGCCAAAUUUCUGGAUUUGCAGGGAGGGAAGCUCGACUUUCGUCGAUACGCAGAUGUGUUAUUUGACAUCUUAUUUGCUGGAGGACAGCUAGCCCCGGGUGGAUCAAUUGUUGAAGAUCCCACCGACACUGAAAAACUUUAUAGAACAGAGGUCUGUGUGUUCAAGACUGAUGAUAGCAAAUUGAAAGACUUUUAUGAGGUAUUUAACAAACUUCUGAGGAGAUACAAGUACCUGGAGAGAUCCUUUGAGGAUGCACUGAAGAAGAUCUUGUAUUUUAUGAAAGGAUUCAAUGAUGAUGAAAAACGUAAACUGGCCAUCAUCACAGGGAUAUUUUUGGCAAACUCCUUUUGUUCUGCCAAAGUUCUCUCUAGCUUGUUUGAAGAACAUCUGGUUAAAGAUGGAAUAUCACUGGAUUUUGCUGUCAUGAUGUUCAAAACCUGGCUUGCAGAGAAGGACAUGAACAGUAUAACUACAGCUUUUAAGAAAGCUCAGCUGGAGAACAAGCUAUUGGAAUUAUUUCCUUCCAAUAAGAGAGAUCAGGAUACCUUUGUGGCUCAUUUUAAGAAAGUUGGAUUGGAUCCCAUUGCAGAUUUUCAGGAAGCGCAAAGAAAUUUUCAAGAUAAGGUUGAGCUAAAGAAGCAUUUAAGCGAAAUGAUCAAGGAUGAUGAGCCCCCAAAAGAGAUGGUUGCCUAUGUGACGGAACAUAUGCAGAAACAUAAUCUUAAAGAACAAGAAGUGACCAUAUUGGUUUGGAGCACCAUUAUGGCCUCAGUGGAGUGGAACAAGAAGGAUGAGUUGGUUGCAGAGCAAGCCAUAAAACAUCUGAAGACAUAUUGUCCACUUCUGGCAGCUGUGGCUAAAUCUGGCAAAGCUGAACUCUCCCUUCUGGUCAAAAUACAGGAGUAUUGCUAUGACAACAUGAACUUCAUGAAGUCAUUUCAGAAGAUCGUCUUCAUGUUGUACAAAACUGAGGUUCUAAGAGAAGAAGUAAUAUUAAAAUGGUACAAGGAUGGACACUCAGCCAAAGGAAAGAGUGUGUUUUUGGAGCAAAUGAAGAAAUUUGUUGAGUGGCUGGAAAAUGCCUCUGAAGAAUCUGAAGAAGAUGAAGAUUAAAUCCUCAUUACUAUAUCAGGGAGAUAGUAUUUUCCUCUGCCUUGCAUCUGUCUAUGCAGGCUCCUCCUUUUUCACCCUAAAGACAGGUGCUUUUCCAUUUCCAAUUUUUGUAAAAUUUUAAUGCACGUUAUUGGUACCAUUGUACCACCCAUGACUUAAUCAGCAGCAUAGAAAAUAGUUUACAAAAAUGAAAUGUUUAAAUAAAGUUACUGGAUUAGAUGGUUGUACAAGUAUUGUUUAUAGAAGGUAACUACACAAUGAAUAUUUUCAUGUAUAGUUUGUAAAUUAAAAUGGAAUCAAGUACUGAUUUUGAUGAUUUAGGUCUAGCUUUUGUAUAUUUCUUUUUCAUCUUUUUACCUUAGAAGAAUAUCAUCAUAAUUUGUCACGUUUCAUAGAUGUAAUAUUUGUACAGGUAUCUCGGUAUGUUUCUGUGCUACUAUAGCAAUAAACAGUGAUGUAAUCAAUAAAACAACCACUUUUAUAAAUGAAUUGACUUAUGAAUGCUUUUGAAGCAAAUCAAAUGAUGUAUUCUGUUUGUAUUAUGAUGUAUUCAUAAAUAAAGGUCUCUUGUAUA